AUGUUUCUCAACAAAAAGCUCGUUGACGAUUCAAUCUUGGCAAACCUGAAGAAAACACAGGUUCUAACUGUUGUACUUAAUGAUGAUGAUGAUGUUGUUAUCAAUGAAUGGUCGGUUGCGCUGAGAUAUGCUGUAUUACAGGUUGACUUUUACAACGACCCUGAAGUACAUGACAAAUUUGAAUUAAAAUUGUGGAGGUAUAUUUCAAAUGAUUUUGAUAUUUUCAGGGUUUAUGAAACCAUUCUAGAAUCUAUUACUUCACAAACAAUCAGUAAUGAUAACACGUAUACAAAAAGAAACGAGACGAGUGACUUGAAUAUUGUUUUCCCACAGUUUCUGUUAAUAUUGGAUGACGUUCUGGAUGCAAGAUGUGUCAAUUGGACAUUACUUAUAGAUAUCUUAAAUGCUGGAAAAAGAGGAAGCGAGAUCAUCAUCACAACACGAGAUGAAAGACUACCAAAAUCCAUGCAAACUUUUUCUUAUGUCCACUAUUUGAGACCUCUAGAAAGCGAAGAUUGUUGGUCUUUAGUUGCCAGACAUGCAUUUGGGGCAUGUAACGAGCAACAACGAUCCAAUCUAGAAGAAGUAGGCAAGAAAAUUGCAAAAAAAUGUGAUGGAUUACCAUUAGCUGUUAUAGAACUUGCGGAAUUUCUUCACAUUGAAUUGUCCCCGGAUUACUGGAAUAAUGUGCUAAUACGUGACAUUUGGGAAUUUGUACAUUAUAAGGUGCAACCUGCUCUACAAUUGAGCUACCAUUAUCUAUCGGCUCCUUUAAAACAGUGCUUUGAAUAUUGUUCAAUUUUUCCGAAGAAGUCCAUCUUAGAAAAAAAUGUGGUAGUUCAGUUGUGGAUUACAAGAGGGUUGGUAGAAUCAUCCGCGGACCAGGAAAAAGUCGGAGAAGAAUACUUUGAUGAACUAGUGUCAAGAUCGUUAAUAAAUCGACAAUCUAUUGGUGAUGAGGAAGAAAUCUUUGAAAUGUAUAGCCUCACCAAUGAAUUAGCUACAAUGAUUUCAUCUUCAUAUUGUACCAGGUUGGAUGAACAGAACCUACAUGAAAGGAUACAUAAUUUAUCAUACAAUAGAGGGCUAUAUGACUCAUUUAAUAAAUUUGAUAAAUUGUAUGCAGUAAAAGGUCUACGUACCUUUCUAGCAUUACCAUUACAAAAACAACUGCCUUUUUGUUUGUUAUCGAACAAGGUAGUACAUGACUUGCUGCCAACAAUGAAACAAUUACGUGUUUUGUCCUUGUCAAACUACAGGAGUAUCACCGAGAUUCCCAACUCUAUUGAAAAUUUGUUAUGCCUGCGGUACUUAAAUCUUUCCCACACUAAGAUUGAAAGGUUGCCUUCUGCAACAUGCAAGCUUUACAAUCUGCAGUUCUUGUUGUUGGCAGGCUGUAGAAAGCUCAUUGAAUUUCCGGAGGAUAUGGGGAAAUUGGUUAAUCUCCGCCACCUUGACAUUAGUGACAGUACUGCAUUGAGGGAGAUGCCUGUACAAAUAGCCAAACUAGAAAAUUUCCAUACUUUGUCGGACUUUGUUGUCGGCAAGCAGAAUGAUGGAUUGAAGGUAGCGGAGCUGGAAAAUUUCCCCACCUACAUGGAAAACUUUCUAUCUCACAGCUACAAAAUGUUAAUGACCCCUUUGAAGCAGAUCAAGCCAAGAUUAAGAUGAAAGAACGAAUAGAAGAGUUAGCUUUAGA